AUGGACAAAACAUUUGCCAAAGCCAGUGCAUUGUUCAGCCAGUUCAUUUCCUGGAUCACUUCGACCUCUGGAGUCAAGACUGCACUCUUUCUACAGACUUUUACUACGGUCAUGGACGAAAAGCGCGGGACUUUGAGCUGCAAGACCGAGUGGAAAGAGUUGCAAACACUCGUGGAGAUGCUCGAUACAAAGCGCGACGUGAUUCUAAGUGUUCGAGACGAUAGUGAGCGGAGAGAGCGAGAGCGAAAAACUCGACGCAUGGAAGUUCUCCGUCGUUACACACAAGAAGCUGGUGCACGGACGAAACGUAUCAAGUUCAACAAAGCUGCAAAGGCCGUAAAGUUUCGAUUUGAAAAGACGAUUGACAAGGGAAAAGGUCAAGAGAAAGUGGCGCUGGCACCUGAGCUACAUACUACGAGGUGA